AUGGAUUGGAUGAGGAGGAUGAGUAUCACGUGUUUUCAAAAGAGAACUGAUAGAAACGGAAUCAAGGUGGAGGUUGAUAGUGGCGGUGAGGUUUUUAUGGAUACAGCAGUUGCAGAGGCUAGGGUUUCGCCUCAGCAUCUUGUUAUCAUGGUUAAUGGUAUUAUUGGGAGUUCUGCAGAUUGGAGAUAUGCAGCCGAGCAGUUUGUGAAAAAACUUCCUGACAAAGUAAUAGUGCAUCGCAGUGAAUGCAACUAUUCGAAAUUGACUUUUGAUGGUGUUGAUUUGAUGGGUGACAGGCUAGCUGAAGAGGUAUUGGCAGUUGUUAGACGUAGGCCUGAGGUGCGGAAGAUUUCCUUUGUGGCUCACUCACUAGGUGGGCUUGUUGCAAGAUAUGCUAUUGCCAGGCUGUAUGAAAAUUUACCAAAAUUGGAUCUCUCAAGUCUCUCUGCGAAUUCCUUGAAUAGUGAGCAUGCAAAUUCAAUGCACUGUCUUGAGCAACCUUGUGAAUCUAGAAUUGCUGGAUUGGAACCUGUGAACUUCAUAACCUUUGCAACACCUCAUCUUGGUUCAAGGGGAAAUAAACAGCUCCCAUUUCUCUGUGGUCUUCCUUUCCUUGAAAGAAGAGCGUCUCAGACUGCACAUUUAAUAGCUGGAAGGACAGGAAAGCAUCUGUUUCUCACUGACAAUGGUAAUGGGAAACCUCUUCUCCUUCAAAUGACUAAUGAUUCUGGUGGCCUCAGAUUCAUGUGA